AUGUUUGCUAAAGGUUUGAGGGGUGUUUAUCUGAAGUUAAUGAGACUUAAGCACCUGUUAAAGAAAUUUAAUCAUGACAAGGUGGGGAAAAUUGGCAAACUUUACCAUGAAGCUCAAUCAAGGAAAAAUGAAAACAGGAUUGUGUCUUUUACUACUGACAAUGGUAUUACUAAUGAUAAUUUUCAUGAAGUUGUGAAGCAUUUUGUAGAUCAUUUCAAAGGCUUUAUGGGGAGCAGUAGCAAGACCUUGACGGGUCUGGAUGACUAUGGCUCUGGUUUUUUCAAGGCAGUUUGGACUAAUAUAGGUGCUGAAAUAUGUGGAGCAAUUAAUGAGUUUUUUACUUCAGUUGACUAUAGGCUAAUUGCUUGUUGCACAACUCUAUACAAAUGCAUCUCUAAGCUCAUGUGUAACAGAUUGGCUAUGGUUCUGCCUAUUAUUAUCAACCAAAACCAAGGUGCAUUUGUUCAAGAGAGGUCCAUUGCUCAUAAUGUGAUGAUUCUUCAAGAUGUGUUGAAGAAUUAUAGAAGGAAGAAUGCCUCACCUAGAUGUGCUAUGAAAAUAGACAUUAUCAAGGCUUAUGACACGGGUAGCUAUAAAGGGGCCAAAGGUCUUCGACAAGGAGACCCCAUUUCUCCUCUAUUGUUUGUUCUAAUCAUGGAGUACCUUACUCGGCUUUUACAACUAGCUGCUCAUGACUUUAACUAUAGGUAUCAUCUCUUAUGUAAAAGUUUAAAGCUUAUUAACUUGUAUUUUGCGGAUGAUUUGAUAAUAUUGAGCAAGGGAACGAGACAAUCUUUACGUAUUAUCAAAGCAGUUUUGGAUGAUUUCAGUACAACUACAUGGUUGUUCAUUAAUACUCAAAAAUCUCAUAUCUACUUUGGUGGGGGUAGAUAG